AUGAAAGUCAUUCAGUAUCUUGCAGUUGCGCUUUUUGCUGCUUUAGCAGUUUUUGCUCAAAAUGAAACGACGCCCAAUGCGACUAUUUUUGAACUCUUGAGUACAAACAACCGUACUCUUCGUACUGCUCGGUUUAUUGAUCUCUUGAACUCUGAUGCUGGCUACAGGCCUGUGAUUGACCUUCUAUCCAACUCUACUGCUAAUUUGACAGUGUUUGUCCCUAAUGACAACACGCUCAACAGGAUUUCCAGAGCCUACAGAUCCUAUAAUCAAGCUCAUAACAUCAGCUCUACUUCGGAGUAUCCUCCUGCUAACUGGUCUUACCACAAUGUGACAGUACUUGAUGUCCUUCAGUAUCAUGUAGUCAAUGAAAGCUUCUUAUUGACCAAUUUGACCACAGGAAAUGUCACAGUUGCAUUCUCAAUGCUGAGCAACAGUAGCAUCAACCACUACAUCAAUUCAACUUUGCCUCUUCUUAUCCAGCCUAAUGCCACUUAUGAAAAUGCUACGAAUCAGACCUGGUUGGAUACGAAUGCCAAGUAUCUCAGAUUUCACGUUAGUAACGGUGUGAACUCCUCUACAGUCAUUAAUAAUGAUUUGAAUGCAACAAAUGGCCAUGUAAACAUUAUCCAAUCUGGCAAGUAUAUGCUACAUACAUUGCUCAUUCCUCCUUUGGAACCAUCUGUUGUAAUUCCCGAAGUCAGAAAUGUUUCUUACCUUGCAGAAGCCUUACGCAAGUAUCCAAUGCUGAAUGAAACUUUAAAUAAUGCCACCAAUUUUACCAUCUUUGCUCCUGAUUCGAAAUCAUUCCAGUUGUCGCAAGCUGAAGGCAUGAACAAUGACACUCUCCGGCAAUUGGCACUUUCUCACAUCGUCUAUGGUCUAUAUUUUACUACCAACUUUACUCAAAAUGCUACAAUCAACAACGGUGAAUUCAAUCUGACUACCUUCAACAAUAAUGCCACCUUGCCAGCUUCUGUUAAUGCCACUAGUUCUCAAAUUACAUUGAACGGUACUGCCAAAGUUAUUCGAUCCAACAUUCUCUUCAAUAACGGCAUCAUGCAUAUCAUUGAUCGCCCUCUUAACAUCACUAAUGCUACUGCCUAA